UGGAAAUUUAAGUAGUAAGGCAAGCUUGUAAUCGAUCAAAAUUGUUCCAGCUUUCCUCGAUUCAGAAACAUUUUACUCUUCAAAACCUAGUGUAGUGAAAGGAUUUGGUCAUGGAUUUUUUAUUUGGCAAGAGAAAGACUCCUGAGCAAAUGCUUAAGCAACAUCAGAGAGCUUUAAACAGAGCGAUGAGAGAUCUUGAUAGAGAGCGAGCCAAAAUGGAACAACAAGAAAAGAAAGUCAUAGCUGAUAUAAAGAAAAUGGCAAAACUUGGACAGAUGGAUGCAGUCAAGAUAAUGGCGAAAGAUCUUGUGAGAACUAGAAGAUAUGUCAAGAAAUUUAUAGUAAUGCGCGCAAAUAUCCAGGCAGUUUCACUCAAAAUCCAGACAUUGAGAUCAAAUAACGCCAUGGCACAAGCAAUGAAGGGAGUUGCAAAGACGAUGGCAACCAUGAACAAACAAUUAAAAAUGCCACAGAUUCAGAAGAUCAUGAUGGAAUUUGAAAAGCAGUCUGAAAUUAUGGACAUGAAAGAAGAGAUGAUGAAUGAUGCAAUUGAUGAUGUCAUGGGAGAUGAGGAGGAUGAUGAGGAGAGUGAGCAAAUAGUACAACAAGUGUUUGACGAGCUAGGACUGACACUGAAUGACGAGCUUACGGGACUGCCGACCACUUCGGGAGGUAUAGCUGCUAAAGAAGCUCCAAAACAGGCCGUAGCCACCGCCGACGCCGACGCCGACCUUCAGGCCCGGUUGGAAAAUCUCCGAAGGGAAUAAAAACAACAAAGGCCGAAUUUGUUGGAUUAAACUUACCAACUUUUACUUUGUUAAAGAACGUUAGAUUUUGUUCUUCUAAUGUUGAAAAUACGGUCUCAAGUUUCUCAUCUGUAUUUUAAUCAGUGUAUCUAAUUGUUUUGUUUUGUUUUGUUUUUUUUACAUUACUAUCGAGGAAAUGUUUAAUGAUAAAGUCUUAAUAGCUGGUGAAGGGAAUGUCCCUCUCAGCUUGUUGUGUCUGAAUGCUUUAUGUAAACCAGGAGCGUCCACUUGGAUUUAACAUGUGAAAGGUUUCAGAUGUGUUGUAAAUACCACCGCGUAAUUCUCUUCAAAUAAACAUAUUUUAAAAUGCCAUA